AUGUAAUAAAACAUUAUAUAUUAAAAAGAAUAGAUAACAAAGGGUUAGUCUAUAUUUGGCAGAAUUUGUUCUUGUUUAAGCUUCCUAAAAUCAAAAUAACACCAACAAAGUUAACAGAAAUAUUAAUUAGGGAUUGAUAGUCCUAAAUCUUCGUUUUUAGUACUUUUUCAAAAUUAUUUUGUUAGGGACAAAGAAAACUUAUAGUUCUAGAUUUAGAUGAAACCUUAGUACAUAGUUAGUUCUAAAUAAUAAAUGGUUAUGAUUUUUCAAUUGAUGUAAUAUACAAUUUAAAUAUCAGAUAAUUGUCCAAGGAUAAUUAUUUAAAGUUUAUGUAACAAUAAGACCAGGAGUUUAUGAGUUUUUAGAAUAACUUAAUGAAUUUUAUGAUAUAGUUUUUUGGACAGCAAGUCUAUAAGAAUAUGCUGAUCCUGUAAUGGAUUUUAUUGAUCCCAACAAUAGAGCUAUUGGUAGAAUGUAUAGAGAUAGUUGUACACCCUUACAAAUUGGAUUAACAAAAAAUCUAAAUAAAUUAGGCAGAGAUCUUAAAGACAUUAUUAUUGUAGAUGUAAUCUAUAAGAUUUAUCAAAAGAAUUCUGUUCUGUCAUUUCACUUAAACCCAGAAAAUGGAUUUUAAAUUAAAGAUUUUUUCUUUGAUAAGUAAGACCAAGAAUUAGAAUUAAACUUGCCUUUUUUUAUUUGGUUAUCUUAAGUAUUAUUAUGUAAAUAAAAAAGUUACCAGAUGUACGUCCAGUUUCUAAUUUAUAUUAAUAGUUUAAAAGUACUUCAUCUGAUGUUUUGAAUAUGAGAAAUGCUAAUACUAUCAACAGUUAAUUUUAAUAAAAUCAACAAAAAUUUUAUAACCUUUCAAGAUCAUUAUCCCUUUAAAAGGCAAGGAUGAUGCUCUCUAAUUAAGUUAUAAGAACAUUAACCUUAUCAAAAGAAGAAGAGCAAGAUGAAUUAGAUGAAAAUAAAAUUAGAGAGAAACUAGGAUUAAAUAAGCCAAAAUUUGAUUAAGAAAUUUAAUAAAAAAAAUAAACAGAAGAAGAUGAUAAAGAAACUUAUGAAAUGGCAAAUUGA